GGUGGGUCUCGGCUAAACGCUUUAAUAACUGUUACGCACUGCAUCGUAAGUGUCCCUUAAAUUAAUGACAACAACAAUAACACGGGACGGGUUGCGUGUUGCGUUAAACUGGAGGCGCGCAGGGGGAACCACGGGACAUUAAUGCGCUCUCUCUCUCCUAUAGGCUAUUUCCGUGGAGACGAGCGGAACCCUGCGCGCGACCUGCAAGCACGAGCGCUGGGCGCGCGCUCUCUCUCCGCGUCUGUGGCCGCGCGUCGUCUGUCCGCGAUGGAGGAGACGCUGAGCGUUCUGGACAUCGUCUCCAAGUUCGAGAGCCUCAGCCCAGAUGUGCAGAAGAGACCCAGAGGGCCCGUGGAAGGCAGUGCUGCUCGGGUUCGAGAAAGCCAACCAGCGAGGUACAGAGAGCUAACCGACUCUGGACCUGUAGGGGGUGCCAGCUGCCAGUGGAGAGGGUUGCAGACCUUUAGGAGUCGGGCGUCCAACAGUCGGCUGACCCAGCGAAUCACCCCCCCAACCCAAGAUCAAGAGCAGGAGGAGGAUGAGAAGAAGAAACAGGAGACAAACAACGAGAAGCUCCACAAGAUCGUCUGCGAGCUCCUGGAGACGGAGAAGGGCUACGUCAGACGGCUGCACCUACUGGACCAGGGCUUCUUCUCGGCGCUGCUGGCCGAGGCCCGAGCAGCGGGAUCCUUCCCUGAGGAGGUGGUCCGCCACAUCUUCUCCAACAUUUCCUCUAUCCAUCAGUUCCAUAGCGGCUUCCUCCUACCAGAGCUGCAAAGACGCAUAUCGGACUGGAACCAGAACCCUCGCAUCGGUGACGUGCUCCAGAAGGUGGCGCCCUUCCUGAAGAUGUACGGAGAGUACAUCAAGGGCUUCGACCGGGCCAUGGAGCUCAUCAACACUUGGAUGGAGAAGAGCCCCCGCUUCGAGAAGGUCAUACUGGACAUCCAGAAGCAGGAGGUGAGUGGGAACCUAUCCCUGCAGCACCACAUGCUGGAGCCCGUCCAGAGGAUUCCUCGCUAUGAGAUGCUGCUGAAGGACUACUUGAAGAAACUGCCCAAAGACUCCCCCGACUGGGGCGACGCACACAAAGCCCUGGAGAUCAUCUUCGAAGCAGCCCAGCACUCAAAUGCAGCCAUCGCCGAUAUGGAGCGUUUGGAGAAGCUAUGGGAGGUCUACGCCUUGCUGGGGAUGGGAGAGGAGAUGGUUGACCCGUCCAAUCGGCUGCUGCGGGAGGGACCCGUGCUCAAGAUCUCCUUCCGCAAAAACACCCCCAAAGAGGGCCACCUCUUCCUGUUCAGCAACAUGCUGCUGUACUGUGUGCCCAGGUUCAGCCUGACGGGUGCUCGCUUUCUCAUCAAGGCUCAGGUGGACAUGGAGGAGAUGCAGGUGAGGGAGAUGAAGGAUGCCGAGAUUCCACAUUCCUUUCUGGUCUGUGGGACAUCCUGCACUCUGGAGUUUCGGGCCAGGUCCCAGAGCGACAUGGAGGCAUGGACCAAGGCCAUUGAGGGCGCCAUCGAGCAGAGCGAGAAGAAAUCCGAAAGCUUCAAGGCUGCAGUCAGCAGCCCGAGUUCAGAAGAACAGAAGGUUGAGGUUGUGGAGCAGCAGGAGCUGGGGAAGCGCGCCCCCCAGUGGAUCCGCGACAGCCUCGUAUCUAUGUGCAUGCGCUGCGGGGACAAGUUCAACGCCCUGAUCCGCCGGCGGCACCACUGCCGCGCCUGUGGGCAGGUGGUGUGUUGGAGAUGCUCGGACUUCAAGGCCGCGCUGCAGUAUGACAGCGACAGGGUGAACCGCGUGUGCAGGGACUGCUACGCCAUCCUGGUGGGGCAGCCGGACGGUCCGGCGGUCUCGGAAAGAAAGCGGGGCAUCCUGGAGAAAGAGGCUGGUGAGGUAUCCGAGAGGAGCCUGGUGUGCAGCUUCCUGACCAUGAUUGACAGGCAGGGGAAGACCAGGGGCUGGUUCGUCAUCCCCAGGGACGAGCCACCGGUCCUCUACAUGUACCAGGCGCCCCAGGACGUAAGGGCACAGGUCACCAUCCCCUUGCUGGGCUACCGUGUGAAGGAGCUGUCCCCAAGUGACAAGCGCACCUUCCAGCUGAGCCAGUCGAACCUGUUACUCACCUUCUUGGCGGAGUCCGAGGAGCUGCGGGACCGAUGGGUGGAGGUGAUCAGCAGGGUGGUGGACAGCGAGUACCCUGGGCAGCAGAGGGACUGACCUUCUACACAGGUCUUAAUGAAUAUGUAUUUGUAACAGUUUUUCUGAUUAUUAACUUUUUAACAAUGUCCACUUGUGGUGUGGAUGUGAAGGGUAACAAUAAUGUGAUUUUCCUGGCAGACCUUCCAGAAAUCAUUGCUUUUAUACACUUAUUCCCCGUUAACCAGUCCUAAUAAUCAGUCCUAAUUUUUUUCCUGAAAACUGACCGUAUCUCAAAAAAAUUGAUCUUUUUUUUUGUGAAAAAUUCCAGUUUGCUCCAAACCCAUCCCAAGUUCAUCUCAAAAUCACUCUACAUGAUGCCUAAUGUGAAAAGGGAAAGCAGUGUAACACUUUUUCAAAAAAGCUUUUUUGAAUUGUACUUGUAUCCGGAAAGUCUUUUUCGCGAACGCAUGCAUGAUUGACAUGGCAAACACGGGGUUGUAUCUAAAAAGUAUCCU